AUGCUGACUUCAAGACGAUCUCACACAAAGUCUCGCAAAGGAUGCAAAGACUGCAAGCGUAGAAAGGUCAAGGGCAUACCCUGCAGCCUUGCGGGUGGCAAUGCUCUCACAGACAUCUCCAGUGACACUCGAACGCCCAGGGAACCUCCGUCUGCAGUGGCAUCAGUGACGGCCCCCUCCAUCACCGAUUUCAUCCAUCUCGACAUUGCCCUUGAUCCAAGGCUGACUGGGCCCGUGGCGGCGCCAUCCCCUUCACCUGGCUGGAACAGUCGGGAUCUGGAGCUCAUGCAUCAUUUCACGAUAUCAACGUGCGACACGUUGACGUCGCGCGAGGACAUGCGACACGUCUGGCGGGUCACCGUCCCGCAGGAGGGCUACAAGCACUCGUACGUCAUGCACGGCAUGCUCGCCGUGGCCGCUGUCCAUAAAGCGCAGCUCGUGCCCAGCGAGCGACAGACGUAUAUUACUCUCGCGGCCUACCACCAGUCGCUCGGCCUCGAAGGUUUUACGCCGCUCAUGUUCGACGUCAACCGCGACAACUGGAAACCCAUAUUCUCAUUCGCCAGCAUCGUCGUGUUGUAUGUGUAUCUGCUGCCGGCACGCUCGGAAAACCAGCGGCUUCUGACGCCAUUUCCGUCCAUAUUGGAGCUGUUCAGCUUUGUGCGCGGCAUCCAGUCCAUCAUGCAGAAGUUUGUGCACUACAUUCCGCGCACGAGCUUUGCACCGAUCAUAUGGAGCGUCUGGAUCACAGAUGUAGACGACCCCAUGAACCCGGACGAUUACCUCAAGGCGAUAGACGAGUUGGUGAAGGUCACGCGCCUCUUGGCGCACGCCGGCGUCAGUGUCGAGAGCGGCAUGGUCAUGUUCUGGCCGUAUGUCAUUCCGGAGCGGAUCAUGCUUGACAUUGAGGCCUUAAACCCUCACGCUCUCCUGCUCCUGUCCUAUUACUGCGUAUUUCUCAACAUACUAGAGGGCCGCUACUGGUACAGCAGGGGUUGGGCGAAGCCACUGAUGGCCGAGAUUGAUCUUCAGCUGUCACAUCACCGAGAGCUGGCGGAGCUGCUCAAGUGGCCAAAGGAGCAGAUCAUGGUCGAUAGGGGCCCUAUGUAG